AAGUAUGGCUGCGCAUUCUGCGCAUAGGACUGAUGACAGCGCAAAGCUGCCAGGCCAGACCUCCUCUCCUGCACACUUGCCUGCACACCCCAAGCAGUCACAAACCCGGGGUUGCGCCACCAGACGGGCAACUGGCCUGUGUCAUCAUUGGUUUUACGUGCUACUGGUAAAGUUCUCGGGGCCUCCUGCCGACUUGCUCCAGCCGAGUCUCGGGCAUCCUGUAACUUGGUCUCUCGUCUUCCAGUUUCUGCGAUCUACCUUAAACUAGCCCCGCUUUAAAAUGCUUGGAGAACCGUGCGCCGAAAUGCUUGAAAGGUGAAAGUGGGUCUGCCCAUGGACCGCCCGCAGGUUUCAAUCCCGAGUCACUUUGCUCAAAUCCCCAGUAACUGUGGCAUUUGGAGCAGUAGCAACAUAGCAGCGGGCUGAGAAAUAUGUUAACACUGACGCAAAGCCAGUAAACCGAAGAGGCUUCGUUCUUGAGGAAGGAGCCAGGAUGGCGGAACCAGGACCGCUCGGCCCAGAAAACUCGCUAAGGCCAGGGGCUGCUAUCAAUAUCGGAGAGCAGCUGAACUUGACAGGCGAGAUGCCGGCGCCAAAACGCACAAAGAUUUGUAACUCGACGACGCAAAUUGACACGAUGGACGCACACCUACGGGCUGGACGCAAGAAGCCCCCGUGGACACCCGCGGAGCAAGCUAUUGUCGCUAUCAAACACUGCGAGCUGGGCAACCGGUGGACGCAAAUAGCAGCAUACUUGCCCAUGCGCAGCGAAAACGACGUCAAGAACAUCUGGCAUUCGACGCUACGGUGCAAGGACUCCCAGAAGCGCUCCUUCCUGCGCACUUACGCACUGGCCGUGCACGACCACGCGUAUGACUACGCCACCCGCAAGGCCAUGUUCGACAUCGCCGUGCGCCAGUGCGGCCCGCCGCCGCAGCAGGCCGCGGAUAUGAUCGCGCGCGCGCAGCUUGCGCCAGGCGGCGUCGACCAUCAGGAGUUUAUGGGUGGCGGCGGCGGCGGUGGAGGCGGCGGCGGCAUGCGAGAGCGUGGCGGCGGCGGCGGCGACCAUGACCGAUACCUUGGCGGCGGCCCCGCCCAGGCGCUGCACGACCAGGCGCUGCACCAGCAGCUGCAGCAGCUGCAGGGCCGGCUGCCGUCGCCCGGCAGCGCCGCCGCCGCGGCUGCGCAGCAGGCGGACCAGCUGGCGGCGCUGUCGCACCUGCUGUCCACGCGUGACGAGCUGGCGCAGCACCAACUGCUGGCCCAGCUCACGCCGCAGCAGCAACAGCAGCUGCUCAUGCUGCACCAGCAGCAGCAGCACAUGAUGAUGCAGGACGAGGACGCGGCGAUUGACGACGGCGGCGUCGGCGACGACGACGGCAGCGGCAUGGACAUGCCCAACGGCGUUGGGCAAGGGGGCAGCCGCCUCGUGCCGCUGUCAGGCGGCAAACGCAGCAGCCCCUACAUGGAUGACGGGUACGACCAGGCCGAGGGCGACACGCCGCCGCCGCCACCCGCGCCGCUGCAGCGGGCUGCGCCUGCCGGCGGCGGCAAGCCACCGUCGGGCCUGCCGCCCCGCGGGCUGCCUACGCCGCCGCUGCUUAUGGGGGCCGCCAAGCAGGGGCCCAUGGAAAACGGCGGCGGCGGUGUGGGCAUGGGUGGCCUGGCGCCGCCGCUGCCGCUGCAACUGGGCGACUCGGGCGGGCCGCUCAUCGACCCAGAUGAGGCGCUGGCGGCGGUGCGGCGGCUGGCGGCGCUGCAGGGACCCGGCACCGAGCUGAGCCUGGCGGCGCUAUCGGGCCUUCCACCGCCACCGCCUCCGCAGGCCGGCGGCGCAGAUGCGGGGCCCAGCCGGAGUACUGGCAAGAUGAGCUUGCCCGGCGUUGCCGGUGGCGGGACCUCAGGGCUGGAUCCGGGCUUGGGGCCGAUUAUUGCGCAGCUGGCCGCCGCCGCGCCGCCCGGCUCAGCGGCGCACGAGGCGCUGGUGGCGGCGCUGACCAACAGCGCGGGCGGCGGCGCCAGCAACCCGCAGCUGGCCAUGCUGUCAAACCUUCUGCAGAACUCGCUGGAGUCGCAGGGCCACAACACCCCGGUCGCGCUGGCGGCGCUGCUGCGGCAAGGCGCCAGCGGCGGCGGGCCGGGCGAUGGCGACGGCGACGACGCUUCACCCAGUCUGCUGCUGCGGGCGCUGCAGCUGCCAGGUGCCGGCCCGGCCGGACUGCGUCUGGUCCACGGCGGGCCGGCAGACGACGAUUUCUCGGGACCGGGACCUGGGCCUGGGCCGGGUCGGGGCGGCGGCCGCCCGGGCGCGCUGGCCCUAGGGCCGCUGGGCCUGGCUGGCCUGGGGCUGGGGGGGACGCUGCGGGAUGACGGCGGCGCAGGGGCUGGCGGUGGUGGUGGCGGCGAUGUGGAUGCAGACGAGCUGGGGGCCGUGGAGGCGCUGGCGCUGGCGGCGCGGCGCGGCAACGCCGGCGGCCCGCGCCAUUCCGUGGGCACCGGCGCGCCGCGCAUGUCCGUACCAGGCCUCCCGGGCGGCCGCUUCCCCAACGCCGGCGGGCCUGGGGGCUCUGGGCGCCUGUCGCUGCCGGGCCUGCCUGGCGCCGCAGGGCCCGGCCUUGGCGACCUCAUCAGCCUGCGACAGGGCGGCGGCAACGGCGCUGGGCUUCCGCGCAUGAGCGCGAACGGCCCGCCGGGGCCUGUGCUGGACCUGCACCCGCCGUCAUCGCUUCGCGCAGGGGGCGCGGGGCCGGCGGGUGCUAGCAGCGGGGCGCCGCCACCGGCGCUGCUGGCGGGCCUCGAUCAAGACAAGGAACUGCUACAGCAGCUGCAGCAGUUGCAGCAGCAGCGCCUGCCGGUGCCGCGCGGGCCGCUCGACGAGGGCACCGUGAUCGACUCCGACGGGCCCCUAGCGGCGGCCGCCGCCGCUGCCAUGGCCGCCGCGGCGGCGGCCAACGCGCCGCUGUCGCUGCCAAUGCAACUGCCGAUGCUCAAGCCAGACCCGCAUGCGGCGUCGGCAGGGCGGCCGCCGCUGCCUAAGCCGCUGGGCCCCGCUGGGCCCAACCUCAGCCAUCAGGGCCCACGCGGCAGCCACGGUACCGACAUGUCAGCCUCCGCCCCCGGCCGGGCCGUCAGCAGCGGCACAGGCGCCGCUGCCCCCGGGGCGGCUGGUCGCGUCGCUGCCACGCUGGACGCGGUGACGGUUCUGAACAACCCGGCACUGCGGCGGCAGGUGCGCUGGCUGCCAGCGGAAGUGUUUGCCGCACUGCUGGGCUCGCCGGCUCUGGGCUCGGAGGGCACCGAGGACAGCGUACUGGUGGUGGCAGCAGACUGGCUGGCAGCAAAUGCGGCCAGCGCCACCACCGCGGAGGAGGGUGCCGGCGCUGCCGCCGCCGCAGAAAGCGGCAGGAGGGCUGGCGUCACGCGCGAGCAGCUGUCGUUGGUAUGCAGCACCAUUCGGCUGGCUGCGCUUAGCGGCUUCUACUUAUCUGCAGUGAUGCCCUGGCUGCUACUGCUGGACGAGAGCAGCGGCAGUAGCAGCGGCGGCGCCGGUGGCCUGGCCAAGGGGGGCGAGGUCAAGGCUAUGGUUGAGGGUGCGGGCGGCAGUGACAGCGCUGCUGAGCAGGCCGCGGUGGCAGCUGAACCGGCGGCCAAUGCUGCGUCACCAAACGGGGCAGAGGGCGCGAAUGCCGACAGAGCGGCAGCUGACGUUGAGGGUGAGGCAGGGGAAGCGGUAGCAGGCGCAAAGCAGGAUGCUGGGCCGAAGCCAGCGGCAGCUCUGAAGGUCGAGGACGCGCCGAUGGAGGACGCCGCGCCGGGCGAUGCGGGCUGCAAGGAGCAGGCGCAGCCGGACAAGCCGGAAGAUGGCGGCGGCAAGGACGACAGCACCGCCGAAGCCGCCAAAGCCACGUCGCCAGCCGCCUCGCCGACGGCCGGCGCUGCCGCGAACGGCGCCGAUGCCGACAAGUCCGCUGGCUGCACCGCCGCCUCCACGCCCUCCACCACCACAAUAUCUAACAACAGCCCUGGCGCGCCAGGGCCGGGCGCCGCCGAGCCUCAGGCCGCCGCCGCCGCCGCAUCCCCUGGCACUGCUCUGGCUGCUGCCGCCGGCACCUCCGGUGCCGUGACGACGAGCGGCUGGUUCCCCAUGCGACCCGAGGAGCUGGCCUUCCUGUCCAACUACGCCCGCGCCGGGCAGGCGGAGCGCGCGCACGUGGCGCUGCUGGCGCGCAGUGUGUACGACACCACCUCGCCCUGGUACACGACGCGGCCGCGCAUGCCCGGCCCCGCCGGCGCCGACGGGAGCCUGUGCUUCGAGUGGCACAUCAGCCGCCAGACACUGGUCGACGCGCUGGCGCGAGCGCGCAGCGCCGAAGGCGGCGCCACGCCGGUGCCGGCCGCCGCCGCCGCCGCGGCUGUGGGCGGCAGCGGCGCGCUGGCGGAGGCGGUGUUCGCGAUUCGCGACGCUGAGGGCGGCGACGGCGAGGGCGGUGACGGCGGGCCGCGGGAAACGGUGUUCCUUAUGAAUUCGGUGGUGUGCCGCGGCGUGGAGUGGCGCUUGUCGCUGGACGUGUCGCCUGGCGGCGCCGCCACAGGAGGCGCGGCGGGCUCAGGCGCGGCAGGCGCGAGCCUGACACGUGGCAGCAAUAAGGGCGCCGUAAUGUACCUGGAGUGUGCGCCGCCGGCAGUGCUGCAGCAGGCCGCGGCGGCGGUGGCCAGCAGCUGCGCCAGCGGCGCCGCGGACGGCAGCCCGCCGGCGGUGCGCACGCGCGCCGGGCCCGGCUUUGGCGGCCUGGGCCUGGGCGUGGUGUGCGGCAAGGGCAUCCAGGUGACUGUGCACGGCUGGCGCGGCGGGCUGCUGGAGGAGGUGGUGGGCUGGAGCUUCAUGUCGGAUGAGUACUUUGUGCCGGGGAUGCGCGUGCCCUUCCCCAGCAUGCUUCCGCUGCGCAACGUGCCACCGCGGCGCGGCGGCACCAUGGAUGUUGCGGCGGAGCUGAGCGCGCUGACCAGUGGCAGCGGCGCUGGCGGUGCCGCCGCCGGCGGAUUCAAUGCUGAGGAGUCGGUGGCGGCGUUUGGGGAGUACAUGCAUGAGGGUGGGCUAAGCGGCACGCUGCGCUUCAUGCGGCCGCACGGCGUUUGAGGGAAAGGAGGAUGGAGAGGAGGAGAGCCGCAGGAGGAGGUGGCGUGGGCGUGGGCAUGGGGCGUCACUGAUGGGGGGCUAGGGCGGACGGCUGCGCGGCGGAGACGUACGUGCCCACACAGUCUUAGAGGACAUGGAACGAGAGGCGCCUGUCUUUGUGGAAUAAGUUGAGGCAUUUCCAUCACGCUGGGCGGUCCCGACGACAGGAGGUACGUGGAGUGGCCGGGAGAGCGGAAGAGCGAGAGAGCGCAGAAGCAAGUGCAGAACGCAGUUCAAAUCGUACGUCACGGUGCUCACAGUGCCUUACAGUGUUGGUGAUGCCAACCGAAAGGAACUGCGUCAUGGGAUGCUCACAGCACACACACACACACACAGACGCCCUUACCCUGGAUGCACAUGGCUUGGCAUAAGCACCUCCAUGAGCACACUGGCACCAAGACAUAUUGCCGUAUGGGUUUCUGACCCCGUGACGAGUAUUUCACUGCUGCCGAAGCGCGCCUGUCGCGCAGGAAAUAAGGGCAUAUCAAUGCUGUACCAUGCAAAACGGACAUGUACAGUGCGUUGUGGUGGGUUGGCUGCUGAUGGGUACAUGGCUUUGGAUGUAAAGUGUUGGAUGUGGGAGUGUUGGACCAUGAAAGCAGUUUGGGAGCGCAUGCGGGGCGAACCCGUGGGGUGAACCCCAGGCGUGUCAUGCAUACGAAUAGAUAUCAAGACAUGAGGAGGUACCGAGGACCAGAAACUGCAUGCUCCGUCUGACAAGGCUGGUGAUAAUGACGAUGGAGGGGGAGUCAAUGUGCGCGUAAUCGCGGUGCGGCAGCACAACUCAAUGUCGCGUUUGGGUCUGCUGAGGACUAUGCACGUGCAGGUGUGUGAAAUGUUGUGGGUGCCUGUGUCAUGUUAUGUACUGCACGU